AGCAUAUCACAAGUCUGCAAACCUCUGUACUUACUUUGCUUGAUUCAAGGAUUUUAUUUAUCAUUAUUUAUUUUAUUUAUCAUUAUGAUUUGCUUUUCUUUCGCUAGGACUGAAAGUGUUAUAGUGAUACAUUUUACUAGUCAGUUUCUUUGCAAUUUCCUGGCACUUGACCAAUAUAAAUCCCAGUGCCGGUGCCAGUAGUAUUUAGCGCUACUUGUGUCUUCUCAUGACUUUAGCACUAAAUCUGCUGACAGUGAUUCACAUCAGAACCCUAUAAAGGAUGCAGUCAUUCAAAUCAACAGUUUCAACAUGUUAAUCUCUUAUUUCCCAAAUAUGAGAAGUAUUAACUGUAUCAUUCUUGGAUCUCUUUUUGGACUUGUGAUUUCAGAUUCACUAAACAUUAGGCUGGUGGAUGGAAACAGCAGUUGCAAAGGAAGGCUGGAAGUGAACCACAAUGGAACAUGGGGGACUGUGUGCAAUGACCAGUGGGAUAAAAAAGAUGCCAAGGUGGUGUGUAAACAGCUUCAAUGUGGACCCCCCAAAUUCUCCUAUGAAUGUCAGCCUUUUGGAGAAGGUUCCGGGCCGAUCUGGUUAGAUGAGGUGCAUUGCACAGGGAAGGAAUAUUCUUUAUCCGAAUGCAGAUUCAGUGCUCCAGGAGUGCAUGAUUGUGAGCACAGAGAGGAUGUUAGCGUAAUGUGCAGAGAACCUUUUAAAAUACAGUUGGUAAAUGGCUCCAACAGAUGUGCUGGAAGACUAGAGGUUUUCUAUGAUGGAGAAUGGGGGAGCGUGUGUGAUGAUGACUGGGAUACCCUAGAUUCACAAGUUGUCUGUAACCAGCUAAGAUGUGGAGACCCUCAACUCAACAGGGAAAGAGGACCACGUUUUGGCCAGGCAUCUGGGCGCAUUUGGUUGGAUGAUGUUCAGUGCAAUGGAUAUGAGAGUUCUUUGGAGGAAUGUAAACACCGCACAUGGUCAUACCAUGACUGCACACACAAGGAGGAUGUUAGUGUCUACUGCACAGGUACUGCAGCUCAGAAUUUAAUGAAUUUACAAUACGCAGCCUUGAGCAGUUCGUUUAGAGGAUUAACCCCCUUUCAUAGUUCCGGAACCAGGAAAAUCAAGAAAAGAUCAACAAGCGGCAAUGAGAAUAGAAGAGUAUGAGGUUUUGGAUCACUGUUAAUCAUUAACAUAGGUACAUCAUUAAUUCAUGAGUCACAAUAUACAAGAAGUUUAUUAAAAAAACACAGUUUACCUUCCUCUUCA